AUGAAAGGCCAAAAGAAGGAUGCAGCCUCGUCUGCGGGCCGCAUCGCGGAUGCGCGAUUCGCAAGCUUCGAAACGGACCCGCGGUUCCGCUUGCCGUCCAAGAAGCGAACAAAAACGACCCUCGACAAGCGCUUUGCCGGCAUGCUCAAUGACGACGACUUCACUGCGACCGCCCGGGUAGACCGUUAUGGUCGCAAGGUCAAGUCUGACGCGAAGAAGAAGGCCCUUCAGCGGUUGUAUCAGGCCGAAGAUGACCAAGACAAAGACCACGACUCGCAAAACUCUGAAGACGACGACGACGAGGUUGACGAUGACGAGCUCGUUCAACGAGAGCUGAGAGAAGCGCACGAGAAGUCGAACCUGAAGAAACACGACCCUGCGCGAGAUGGCGGCUUCUCGUCGUCCGAGUCAGACGCCGACUCGGACGAUUCUGACGCCGACUCGGACGAUUCUGACGAGGAAGACGAAGAGGCGGCGGUCGAGACCGAAGGCGACAUGCAGCGCUUCCAAGACGACCAAGCUGAAGUAGAGAGCGGCGAGGUCACGAACCGCAUAGCCAUUGUCAACCUUGACUGGGAUCACGUCAAGUCGACCGACCUAAUGGCUCUCUUCUCCAGCUUCAUCCCACCCAACUCCGGCCGAAUACUCAACAUCUCUGUAUACCCCAGUGAGUUCGGCAAAGAGCGCAUGCAACAGGAAGAGCUCGAAGGUCCGCCCAAGGAGCUUUUCAAGAAUGAGGCCAAGGACGAGGACGAUAGUAGCGACGAGGACGAUAGCGGCAGUGACGACAGCGAUAGCGAAAGCGCCGACGAAAGGAUCAAAAAGGAGCUCAUGAAGGAGGGCAACGACCAAGACUUUGACAGCGACGCCUUGCGAUCGUACCAGCUGGAUCGCCUGCGCUACUACUAUGCCGUCAUGGUCUGCUCGAGCCCUGAGACGGCACAAUUAAUCUAUGAGGCGACCGACGGCACAGAAUACCAGUCUUCCUCCAACUUCAUCGACCUGCGCUUCAUUCCCGAUGAUGUCACUUUUGAUGACGAGCCCAGAGACGUGUGCGACAAGGUCCCCAGCACGUACAAGCCCGUAGACUUCGUCACAAACGCGCUGCAGAGUUCCAAGGUGAAACUCACGUGGGAUAUGCACCCGGAGGAGGCGUCCCGCAAGGAUGCCCUCAAGCGAGCGUUUAGCGGAAGCCGAGCCGAGCUGGAAGAGAACGACCUGCGCGCCUAUUUGGCAAGCGACACAGAAGACGACGACGAGGUGGACGAAGCUGCCGAGUGCGGCGGCGAGGAUGCGGCUGCUGCUGCUGCCGCUGAACCUAAACUGUCAAAGAAGGAACUGGCGCGCAAGAAGAUGCGCGAGGCGCUCGGUCUGACGGAUGAGCCGACGACCAAGGCUUCCAAGGAUGGACCGAUUGGAGAGAUGGAAAUCACUUUUGCACCCGCCCUCGCAGAAAGUAAAGCCAAGAGCUCUGAACAGGAGGAGACCACCAUCGAAAAGUACAAGCGCAAGGAAAAGGAGCGCAAGGAACGGAAACGACAGGCGGCUAAGGCGAAGCGGACAGACCACGAGGAUGACGUCGAGGAGCCCAAGGUGGAUCGCGUGGAAACUGGCGAUGAUCUUGGCUUUGAUGAUCCCUUCUUCACCACUGAGGACGCCGCCCCUGUGUCCAAGUCAUCCGUUCGCAAGGAGGAGCGACUUAAGAAACGCCAAGCCCGGGAGGCUGCCGAAGCAGAGUCGGCCCAGCAAAAGGCCCAGCUCAGCAAAGUCAUGGCAGAAGGCGGUGACGGUGACCAGGCCGAUCACCUGGAUCACUUUGACAUGAACGAAAUCAUGCGCGCGGAGAAGAAGAAGAGCAAGAAGGGCAAGAAGGGCAAGAGCAAGGGUGGCGACGAACGCGGCGGAUUGCAGGAGGACUUUGCCAUGGACGUGGGCGACGACCGUUUCAAGGCUGUUUUUGACAGCCACGAGUUCGCCAUCGACCCGUCCAACCCCAAGUUCAAGGCUACGGGUGGCAUGAAGCAACUGCUGGAAGAAGGACGGAAGAAGAGAAAGGCCGGCGGCGACGGCGACGAACGGGGCAGCAAGAAGUCCAAAAAGAACCGAAGGUAA